GAAAGCGGAUUUUCAUUUCUGCUAAAGACAAAACAGCAAACAAUACAGUGAAACUAUUAUUAUGACUGAGUUAAAAGUACUUUAUUGCCUCUUCUUGUUAACGUUUUUCGAGCUGACGUCACAAAUUCGACCGUCCUUACAUGGGCACAAUAAUGCUUUCAUACAGGAUGACAAUGAUGUUCAAUACCUUUUGGACAACAUACCAAUGUCAAUGCAUAAGGAUUUUACUAAUACAGUACAUGGGGCUGGGGAUACAACAUCAGAUGAAGAUAAAACACAAGAUUCGUUAUCUUAUGUUUCUUUCAAACCACAUGUUUUGGACUUCAAAGAGAGACAACUUGGUAUACCCCAUCAAGAAACUGUGAUCUUGUUUAAUAGAGAUCAUAACAAAACAAUCCACCUUUUAUCAAUUUCUGGAAAUACACGUCAUUUCCACUCAUCAUUCUUUCGAAACAAAGUAAUACCAUCAUUGGGAAACACAACUUUCGAUGUUGUCUUUCUUGGCAGAGAAGAAGGUGAUAUUGAUACACAUCUUUUUAUACAUACUGCAGAUGGAACUGUGAAAUAUGAAGUAAAAGGAAUAAGUGUCAGUAGUCCAUAUCGACUCAGACCUGUAGUGGGUGUUAAAUUACCUUUAAAUGCAACAUUUACUCCACUUAUAUACAUGCACAAUCCACACGCAGAAGCUUUACAAGUUUUAGAGGUAUACAGUAGUGGUGGAGAAUUUCAGCUAGAAUUACCAUCAGGUGAAGCAGAAGGUUCACGCGAACUAUGGGAAAUUCCACCAUAUCAGACGAAACCCAUCAUAAGACUACAUUUUAAUGCUUACACAGAAAAAAAUCAUACCGCGUAUAUUAGACUUAAAGUAAAUAACACUUCAGAAGUACUUGUUGUAACAGUUGAAGUUGAAGUGAGAAGCGGGGCUGGUCUUCAUUGGGGUGGAAGUUCUGGAGUAAUCAAUUUAGGUAUGGGAGGUUCAUUACAACCUCCUAUUCACUACCCUAUCGCUUUAAAAAAUUCGGCAAAGAAGCCAAUAAAAGUUAUGAAUAUAAUUAGUACGCCAGUUUCUAAAGCAUUAAAACUUCAUUUUGAGCAAGCGGUUAUUCCAGGGGAUACGGAUAUACCGAUUGCCAUUGGAGCGUUAAUUUAUGACUGGAAGACUGGUUCAGAAUUACAACAUUUUAAAGGGAAAUUAGUAAUAAAAGCCAUAGGUCCUGGUGGUUCUAGUCAGAAACUAACAAUUCCAUGGAUAGCACAAGUUCUACAGGGUGGAUUAGAAGUAAACGCAUCAAUUACGCAUUAUUGUUCUCUCCAAUCUAAUCAAGCACGAAAUUUUAGCGUUGUUAAUAAAUUUAAAUUACCGUUAGCUAUCACAAAUGUCACAAUGUUAUCGAAUGUGAAAUCACUUUUUACGAUAAAAAAUUUUAUUCCAAGAGUGAUAAAGCCAGAGCAAAAGGUUAAUAUAUUUUCUUUACAACUUGCAAAAGAUAGAAAAACUGAUAACGUGAAAAUGGAAUCGUCGAUUUUAAUUCAUUCGAACGUUUCUGUGACCGAAGUUCCAUUAUUAAGUUACGAUGGGAAAGUAAGGAAAAUUGUUCCCGAAGAGAGGGAAAGUGACGAAGGUACGAUGAACUUUGGUACCGUGGGAAGUGGAACUGAAAACGAAGCUAUUUUUGCUUUGGAGAAUCAAAAUCCAAUUAACAUAGAUUUGCAUGGGUGGGGAGUUAACAUGCCUGGUGCAGUAUUGGAACUUAUGGGUUGUCAAAGAGGUCCAGCUGAUCUUUUGGACAAAGAGCUUCGUAAUAUAACUGUAUGUAGUCACACAGGCAAUCAAUACAUAAAGCCUGGUCACUUAGCUAUUUUUAAAAUUAAAGUAAAAACUCCGAUGGUUGAAGAAGAUACAAUUGUGGGUGAUGUAUUUGUUAGAACAACCUAUGAAAGAUUUAUUUUGCCAGUUUACAUGAGAGUUGCCCAUGGAAGAAUUUCUUUGAAGAAACUCAUUUUUACGGAUUGUUUUCCUGGGUCGAUUUGUGUGCAACAAGUGAAAGUAUAUUCGACGUUUGUAAGACCCAUGCAAGUAACUCGAAUCGCGCCUGUUAAUAAAGACAACAGAAUAAAGUAUAUUCCUUUGGAAGAGGCAUCGAUGCCUGUUAUAACGAAAGGCGAAAAUUACAUUGGGUCAGUGAAAAUUGAACCAUCGGCUGCUUGUAAGCAUCAUUGUUAUUUGGGCCUGUCAUUGGACAGUAAUGCUGGCAAACAAUGGUUGAACACUUUAGCCCUUCCUUCCCAUACGAGGGACUCUGAUUUAAAUUUAUUAAAUACGAGAUAUACGCGGUUUCUGAAUUCGACAGGCGGUCGUUCUUGGGACAAUGUCACAAUACGCCUAGAUACGACAGAAGUUCGCGGACACAAAUUUUAUUUAAACAUAAAACCACAUUGGCCCAGUUUAUUGACUGGUUUUGGUAAUAAUAAAAAUAAAGUUGCUUUAGUAUUUCCUUUGACACAAGUCGGAAAUACGUCCUAUAGCACCAUUAAAGUGUAUAAUCCAAGUACCAGUCCUUUAAUAGUACAAUUAGUGAUGGAUUGGAAUUAUCCACAAGGAACAAGACUUUAUCAUUCGUUACCUGCUAAGUUUAAGUUCACAUGCAUAGAAUGUGGAUCCACAAUCGCAGAAGAGUUUAAGCUGGAAGAAAGUAUAGCAGACAGAGAAAGGUUUGAGAGAGAAUGGGAUAUUACAAUAGCGUCACAAUCGAUUCCAUUGUAUUUGAAACCCUUGGAAUCGAGAACCAUACGAGUAUCAUAUACGCCUUUCUCACCUUCUUUAUCAUCCGCACUUUUAUAUAUUAGAAACAACAUGACUAUUUUGGAAGUAUUGCGCGUGAUGGGCCAGGGUGCAAAUGCACAAUUUAGGUUUGGCAAUCGAAAGCCAGGUUCUAUCACACCUUUAUUAUUUGAACUUGCCGAUAAACAUCUUAAAGAUUGUGAACAAGAACGAUUUAAGCGAAAUCCAAUUCCAAACCUGACAGUGAAGAGAUCCUUCAUGGCAAGAAACACAGGAGAACUUCCCAUAGAAGUGUAUGAUUUUUAUAUUAAUGGUUUACGAUGUGAGGGAUACGGGUUCAAGGUAUUGAACUGUGCACCAUUCAAAUUGAACCCGAACGCCACAAGGAAAGUGGAAAUAGCAUUCACGCCAGACUUCACGUUGUCACGUAUCGAGAGGAAGCUUCUGAUAUCGACUAGUUUAGGCUCUGAUAGCGAUAUCAAGAAUGGCAUGGUGAUACUUAAUUUACUCGCAACUCUUCCUCCACACUCUUUGGAAGCUUGUACAGCCGCGUUAACGAGGCCAUCAUGGGAAUACGCCGUCCAAUGGGCAGCUAUAAGUCUUUCAUCGAUAUUAUUAAUAUGUGUUCUCGCGAUUUCGUUUCUCGAAGCAGAUCGAAUACUACGAGGAGCUUUAGCAAGUUUCUCGAGAGAAAAUCCAGUGCAGCCACCUUUAGAUUUAAGGCUAUUAUCGCACAUGCCUGUACACUCAGCGCAAGAGUCGACCUCCUUGAAAGAGAAAUUAAUGAACGAGGAGAAACAGAAAGCGGCAAAGAAAGAAGAAACGUAUCCAGAUUGGACGCUGAUGAACGUGAAAAAGUACAAGGACAAGGAUGGUGUACAGAAAGGACUGAAAAUUCCUGAUUGGUCCGCGGACGAAGAGCGUAGAUUUAAAUUGGAUACCGAGGCAAAGGAUCUGUUGUCGUUCAAACGAUGCGAAGAGUCGAAUUUAGAUAACAGUAAUGUUAUAAGCAAUAUCACGCUUGGUGCCAAGAAAAAGAAUAACAAGAAGCAGAACAACGUCCAAGAAAUGCAAACGGACAAUUGUAUGACGGAGAACAACGUGUUUACGGAUAUUCAAGCAACUCAGGAGAAGAAGUACACUGUAAAUACGUUUACAAAAACAAGUCCUCUGACGAACAGAAAAGGAAAGUCUAAUCAAACGACGAGUGUUAAAAUGGAAACAAAACUGGUCGACCAUGAGGUACAGAUUGAUACGACGGGACUUCUGAAUAAUACUCGUAAUAAGUUAGAUAGUAAAAGGAAGCAAACCGUGGUUGGAAACAGCAAUAACAAUCAUGUGUCGUUUAAGAAAUUUGAAUCGAACAAUAAUCAGAGAAAUACUCAUCUAUCAGAGGAAGAAACGUCGUCCACGACAACGGAAAGUUCUGUUCAAGAUGAUCCGCCGUCAUGUAAGAAUUUUGACCAGGCUUGUGAAAAGUCGGAUAAAUUACAAAGAAAGCCCGUAACCAAAAAAACUAAGCCUCAAUCGAUUGCUUCUGUGCCAUGCGUAGAUUAUAAGGAUAACUACGAGGGUGACUGCGACGACGACGAGUAUGAUAAGGAGAGGCAUAAUAAUCCAAACAGGUGGAAAACGAACACAACCAGGUCUACCAUAAAACACAUUCAUACGACACGUACAGUUGAGUCGUCUAAGUUACCACGACAGAAUAAAAAUCCUCCUCGAAAGGAUAAAGGAUCUCAAAAACGUCGAGGCAUUGAUAAAGGGCAUAUAAAAGCGGCAACAUUGAAUGGAAAUACUAGUCAAAGGGAAGAUUCAUCACGUGCACUGGGAACAAUUUCCGCUCCGUUACCACCACCGCCAUCAUGUUGGGGCGAAAACCGCGCCAGGUUCAGUGACGUUGUGGCACGAAGUCAAGAAAGUAUUUCACCGUUCUCGAGCUUAAAUAAAUUACACAAAACGCAAACGACUACGCAUAAUUUGUCGAUGGUUUUUAAUAACGACGCCAAAGAUGUAGAUUAUACUAAGCAACAAUCGAGUCAAGAAUUAAUGCAGAGCAUGGAGGAAUACAGAAUGAUAUCGAAAUCGCCAUCUCUCUGUGUUCCAUCUGUUGAGAAAGAGAAGCCACUUAGUCAGGAUUCUUUGAAGAUGCAGAAUAAUUCACAGCACUCGAAUAGUUAUUUCAUAAAUGCAUUCGCGGAACCGCCGUUCGAGCGGGAACUGGUCCCAUACGACGAUCUUCCAGAAACUGAUGAACCAUUAAUGGAACUGGAAAGUCCCGAGGAAGAUACACGAUGUCAGUUAUGGGAGGAUAAUAAUCCUAUGCUUAAGUUAUUGUCCGAUAGUACAAGUGGAUUUCAGUUGGAAUCACCAAAAUCCUCGGAGAAACCUCCAAUGCUAACAGAUACGUUAAAAGACAACUGGGCAACAGUCGAAACAAAUUGGGAACCUUUGUAUACUAGAGCAGCAGUAGGAGAAGAAAGAAGCGGUGUUUGGGGAAUAAAUACAGGAGGUGUAUGGGCUGCUGGUCCAUGGGGUGCAGCUACACCACCUGUAGUUUCACAAUUGUCUUCGUUACAAACAGAACCGGACACACAGGAGAGAUCAGGUUUUGAUCCAUUUCGUUCACUCAGUACAAUAUGGACACCGUCAUCCUCGGAAUCUUGGAAGAAAAAGCAUGAAGACUAA